AUGGGCAAUAUUCUCAGCUACGAAGCUCUCACUCACAUUGCUGAGAAUGAUGUUUCAACCUUGUGUAACUGGGUUUGCUUUCCCUCUCUCAAAGUUAUUCUAGGCGUCUGCAUAUCCUUCAAUGUCGAUGUGAAAAACUCGCUGAAUUUCAGUGGCCCUGUGGAGGACAUGUUUGGAUACACCGUUCAACAAUACGAAAAUGAAGAAGGAAAAUGGGUUCUUAUUGGUUCUCCUUUAGUUGGUCAACCCAAAGCAAGAACUGGAGAUGUCUAUAAGUGCCCAGUUGGGAGAGAGCAAUCAAUGCCUUGCAUGAAGUUGGAUUUACCAGUGAACACAUCGAUCCCCAAUGUCACAGAAAUAAAAGAAAACAUGACAUUUGGAUCAACUCUAGUCACCAACCCAAAUGGAGGAUUUCUGGCAUGUGGGCCUCUGUACGCCUAUAGAUGUGGACAUUUGCAUUAUACAACUGGAAUCUGUUCUGACGUCAGCCCUACAUUUCAAGUUGUGAACUCAUUCGCCCCUGUACAAGAAUGCAGCACCCAGCUGGACAUAGUCAUUGUCCUGGAUGGCUCCAACAGCAUCUACCCCUGGGAGAGUGUCAUAGCUUUUUUAAACGACUUGCUGCAGAGGAUGGAUAUUGGCCCUAAACAGACACAGGUUGGAAUUGUACAGUAUGGAGAAAAUGUAACCCAUGAGUUCAACCUCAAUAAGUAUUCAUCAACAGAAGAGGUACUUGUUGCAGCCAAGAAAAUCGGCCGGAGAGGUGGUCUACAGACGAUGACAGCCCUUGGAAUAGACACAGCCAGGAAGGAAGCAUUCACUGAAGCCCGGGGUGCCAGGAGGGGAGUUAAAAAAGUCAUGGUCAUAGUGACUGAUGGAGAAUCACAUGACAACUAUCGACUGAAACAGGUCAUCCAAGACUGCGAGGACGAAAACAUUCAGCGGUUUUCCAUAGCUAUCCUCGGCCACUAUAACCGAGGGAACUUAAGCAGUGAGAAGUUUGUGGAGGAAAUAAAAUCGAUCGCAAGCAAGCCCACCGAGAAGCACUUUUUUAAUGUCUCAGAUGAGCUGGCCUUGGUCACUAUUGUUAAAGCUCUGGGAGAACGGAUAUUCGCCUUGGAAGCUACAGCCGACCAGUCAGCAGCUUCAUUUGAGAUGGAAAUGUCUCAGACCGGCUUCAGUGCUCAUUAUUCACAGGACUGGGUCAUGCUUGGAGCAGUGGGAGCCUAUGACUGGAACGGAACUGUAGUCAUGCAGAAGGCUAACCAGAUUGUCAUCCCUCAAAACACCACCUUCCAAACUGAGCCCACCAAAAUGAAUGAACCUCUUGCUUCUUAUUUAGGCUACACAGUGAACUCUGCCACUGUCCCUGGAGAUGUGCUCUAUGUUGCUGGGCAACCUCGGUACAAUCAUACGGGCCAGGUCGUCGUCUACAAGAUGGAGGAUGGGAACAUCAAAAUUCUCCAGACACUCAGGGGAGAACAGAUCGGUUCCUACUUUGGUAGCGUCUUGACAGCAAUCGACACCGACAAAGAUUCUUAUACUGACCUGCUUCUCGUCGGGGCCCCCAUGUACAUGGGGACAGAGAAAGAGGAACAGGGCAAAGUGUAUGUGUAUGCUGUGAACCAGACAAGGUUUGAAUAUCAAAUGAGCCUGGAACCAAUUAAGCAGACAUGCUGUUCGUCUUUGAAGGAUAAUUCAUGCACAAAAGAAAACAAGAACGAGCCCUGUGGGGCCCGAUUUGGAACAGCAAUCGCUGCUGUGAAAGACCUCAACGUGGAUGGGUUUAAUGACGUUGUGAUCGGAGCUCCUCUGGAGGACGACCAUGCAGGAGCUGUGUACAUUUAUCACGGCAGUGACAAGACCAUAAAAAAGGGAUAUGCACAACGCAUUCCAUCAAGCGGGGAUGGCAAGACACUGAAAUUUUUUGGCCAGUCCAUCCAUGGAGAAAUGGAUUUAAAUGGUGACGGUCUGACUGAUGUGACCAUUGGAGGCCUUGGUGGAGCUGCCCUCUUCUGGGCCAGAGAUGUGGCGGUAGUUAAAGUAACCAUGAAUUUUGAACCCAAUAAAGUGAAUAUUCAAAAGAAAAACUGCCUCGUGGAGGGAAAAGAAACAGUAUGCAUAAAUGCUACAGUGUGUUUUUAUGUGAAGCUAAAGUCUAAAGAGGACUUGGUUUACAAAGCUGAUAUGCAGUACCGUAUCACCCUCGAUUCUCUGAGGCAGAUAUCGCGGAGUUUUUUCUCUGGGACUCAGGAAAGAAGGAUUCAAAGAAACAUCACAGUUCAAGAAUCAGAAUGCACUAGGCACUCCUUCUACAUGUUGGAUAAGCAUGACUUUCAGGACUCCGUGAGAGUGACUUUGGAUUUUAAUCUCACUGAUCCAGAGAACGGGCCAGUGCUUGAUGACGCUCUGCCGAACUCAGUCCACGAACACAUUCCCUUUGCCAAAGAUUGUGGAAACAAGGAAAAGUGCAUCUCAGACCUCACCCUGGAUGUGUCCACCACAGAGAAGAACUUGCUGGUUGUCAGGUCCCAGAAUGACAAGUUCAAUCUCAGCCUCACAGUGAAAAACAAAAGAGAUAGUGCCUACAACACCAGGACUAUAGUGCAGUAUUCCCCAAAUCUGAUUUUUUCAGGAAUUGAGGGGAUCCAAAAAGACAGCUGUGAAUCCAAUCGAAAUGUCACAUGCAGAGUUGGAUACCCUUUCCUGAAGACAGGGGAAAUGGUAACCUUCAAAAUAAUAUUCCAGUUUAAUACCUCACAACUUGCAGAAAAUGCAAUUAUUCAUUUACUUGCAACAAGUGACAGCGAAGAACCACCCGAAUCUCUGUACGAUAAUGAAGUAAAUAUAUCCAUCCCAGUAAAAUAUGAAGUCGGACUACACUUUCACAGUUCUGCGAGUGAACACCACAUCUCAAUUGCAGCCAAUGAGACUAUCCCUGAACUUAUUAAUUCCACUAGUGACAUUGGAAAUGAAAUCAAUGUCUUCUACAUGAUCAGAAAAAGGAGCCAUUUCCCAAUGCCAGAACUUCAGCUGUCAAUCUCUUUCCCCAACUUGACGUCAGAUGGUUAUCCUGUACUGUACCCAACUGGAUGGUCGUCUUCUGAUAAUGUGAACUGCAAACCCCGGAGCCUUGAGGAUCCUUUUGGCAUCAACUCUGGGAAGAAAAUGAGAAUAUCAAAGUCUGAGGGUCUCAAAAGAGGCACGAUCCAGGAUUGCAGCACCUGUAAACUGGCCACCAUCACAUGCCACCUCACCCCUUCCGAUGUGAGCCAAGUGAAUGUUUCACUCAUCUUGUGGAAACCAACUUUCAUAAAAACACAGUUUUCCAGCCUAAAUCUUACUAUAAGGGGAGAACUUCAAAGUGGAAACGCAACGCUGACGUUAAGCAGCAGCAACCAAAAACGAGAGCUGCCUAUUCAAAUCUCCAAAGACGGGGUCCCAGGCAGAGUGCCACUGUGGGUCAUCCUCCUGAGUGCCUUUGCUGGUCUGCUGCUCCUGAUGCUGCUUAUAUUAGCUCUUUGGAAGAUUGGAUUCUUCAAAAGGCCACUAAAGAAGAAAAUGGAGAAAUGAACUAUUUUACAGGAGAAAAGAAAACAGUGACAGUUAUCCAAUGAUCUGUCCUCAGGUUUGCCACAAUCAUGUGAGAAGAAAUUCAGAAAUAUAACCAAAGACAUGGUCA